UCCCUCCAGGGCGCUUUCAGCUCAGUUCUCUUCCUGUUUUGGUAGGAGUUCGUGAAGAAGAGGACAGCUGCAGACCUCCACAGUCAUUUUUCACGUUACAUCCGUCCAAAUCCACAAUCGGAGAACCGCCACACGUCGUGAGCAUCACAUCAUCACACCACACAACAUGGACUUCUCUAUCCGUGCAGCUAACGUGGAGGACUGCAAGGACAUCGCGCGGAUGAUUGUGGAGUUGGCUGAAUAUGAGAAAGUCGCAGAUCAUGUAAAAGUCACUCAGAGAGACUUGGAGCAGGACGGCUUCUCCAAGAACCCGUUCUUCCAUGGGAUUAUCGCUGAGGUGCCAGAACAGCACAAAACCAAAGAAGGCCAUACGAAGAUAGGAUAUGCACUUUAUUUUUAUUCCUACAGCUCAUGGUCGGGCAGAGCCAUUUAUAUGGAGGACUUGUACGUGAUGCCUGAGUUUAGAGGGAAGGGCAUUGGUAAAGCGCUUAUGAGUAAGGUAGCUCAGCUGGGCCUGGCUGCCGGCUGCAGCCAGCUUAACUUCACCGUCCUGAACUGGAACAAACCAUCUAUGGACUUUUACCUCAGCCAGGGCAGCUUCGACGUCACGGCUGACAUGGGCUACCACUGUAUGCGCUGCGAUGGAGAGGCGUUGGAGCGCCUGGCCCAACCCUAAGCUAACACUGGGCUCAUGACAGCAUGACCUUUGCAACCAUACGGUCACAGAGUGCAGGGAUAGAGCACCACUCAUUGGCCCCGUUCCAAAACUUGACAAUGACAAUCGAUAAGCCAAUUUCACAAAGGGCAGAUUAUUUAAAUAAUUGACUGUUUGUUAAGCCCCGCCCCCCUUAGUUACUGUUAUUACGCCUAUCAAGUUUUUCAAGCUAGCACAGCAUAUAUGCAGUUUACAAUAAUAAUGGGGGAUUUACAAUUACAUGUUUUUUUACAAUUACACAAUAUGUCAUCUAUUUCACAUGGAGGUAAACAAAAGCAGGCUUCUCAUUUAUAGCAUAUGACAAUGUCAAUUUUGUCGGCUGAAAUGACAACUGGCAGAUUUUAUUAACUGCAGUUAGCUAGCAUUAGCUAAUUAGCCAACUUUUGAUGCUUCCCAGCUGACUCUCUUUAAAUGAGUCCUGUAAAAAAUAUGUACACAUGAUGGCUACAUACAUAUUUUAAUGCUAAAAGACUGAGGCUUAUGCUAUAUGUCCAAGCAAAAAGUCAGUCGACGAGAUUUGCUGGAGCGAAAAUCAAAUCCAAUAAUGAGCAGGAUAGAGAUGCUAAUGUUAGCCUAAACUCUGACAUAGCAGUAUUUUGGCUCCCACACAGUCGAUGUUCCAGCCCAAUUUAACUUGUAUUAACACAAAAUAACAUAAUAAUGCAGUUAACUAAUUAUAUGCUCCUUGGCUUUAAAAUAAUGCUCAGUUACUACUGGUAGUAAGCUAGUCAGCCAGAUAUGCAAAUGUUUGCAGCUUACAUUGGUGUUUUUGGUUUUGGUACGGCUAAAAAAUUUUUUUUUAAAAAACCCUCCAAACUCUGUAUAUACGAGGUAUCUUACUACAGCCUCACGCACACCGCUUCAACCUGCUGUGCCUUGUUCCUGUUUGAAGAAGGGUUUAGCAAACAGUCAAUUGGGUUAUUAUUUAGUAAGUCAAGGAUGCAGUUUUAAGUAUUGGAAUGGGGCCUAUACGCAAUACGUUUAGAGGCACUAAAAUCUGUGUUUUGUGUUUUUCCCUUGUGAUAUGGUAUGACCCAGAGCAUUUUUGAUUUGGGUGUUAAAUAGAUCAAAUAACCUAACCUCUCUUGUGAAAAAAUAUAAAAUAUAUGGACAUGAGAAAGGUCCGACAGGAGUGUGCGUGUGUGUGGGGGGUUUUUAGAGAAAGUCUUAACACACAAUCAUCUAGAAUUGAAAUAUUUUCUUUUUGCACAAAAAUCCAUAAAAACCUAAUGCAUUGCAAAGCCAAGAUGUAUGUUUCAUUGUACUGUAUGGCUGUUGAAAGGAGUGAGUUUAUGGUAAGUUAUCCCUUUAAAUUAUUAUAAACUAUGACAACCAAAGAGUCAGUCAUCUCUCCCCUUGUCUUCCAGAUGAGUGCUAUAAAGCUGUUGUAAAGUACAAUGUUGGUAUUUGCAAUGUUUCAUUUACUUUUAAGCUAUGUGUGCAAUAAUGGAUGGAAUUAUGAAGUAAAGGAAUCAGUUGAACCUAAACCUACUUCCAUGCCAUCAGACAAAAACGAUCCAUCUGCUGGAAUUUAAAAAGUAAAAGUCUUGGACUGAUACAAUUUAAAUACAAAAGACAAGAAAGCAUAUUUAACCGUUUAGUUAGCAGGGUGUGUAUAAUAUAUAUAUAUAUUGUGGUUACUGCACUGUGAAACUGUUAGUAUAAGUAUAAAAACAACCAUGUUAAUGUAUUAGGCUCAUUUCCACAACUGUGGUGCUGUUAAGGUGUCUAAAGGGCCUAAGUGUGUUACCCAGUUAUCAUUCACAUGGCAAGAUAUUUCCGAUAUGUUUUCAAAUGGUACAUGCAUUGAUGUUUUUUUCUGCCAGCAGAGGCAUUUGUUUUAAUGUGUUAAUGUGUCUGAUUUUGUCUCUGAAACGGUUGAAAAUAAAGACGAUCAUAGUUGGGUGGAAA